GACUGUUGAGCUGCACUGCCAUUUUCAGUCUCUCUCCAGCGGUUCAUCAGCACCGAACGGUGUCUGAUUGGGAUUCCUUGUUUUAGGGAUUAUAUCUGGAUUUAUCAGUGCAGAAGGGGAGAAGAAAGAGUGUGUCCAAUGUGAAGAGUCACUGCGUGGAGGAAGUUUCUGGGCAAUCUCUGCAGGAGAGAAAUAAACCUUACACAAUUUAACUGAGCGUCUCCGUGCGCCGGUGUUUUCCAGCUGUGCUUGAGCGCCAAAGACAUCAGGAUGUCGUCUGUGAAGGUGGCGGUGCGUGUGCGCCCGUUUAAUUCGCGCGAAAUUGCGCGUGAGUCGAAGUGCAUCAUCGAGAUGAGUGGUGCCACGACGUCCAUUGUGAAUCCCAAAGUGCCGCCAGGCACGAAUGACUCUGUGAAGAGAUUCAACUUUGAUUACUCGUAUUGGUCACACGAUGCAAGUGACACGGAUUUCACCACACAAUCAAUGGUUUAUGGUGACAUUGGUGAGGAGAUGCUGCAGCACUCCUUCGAUGGCUACAACGUGUGCAUCUUCGCCUAUGGCCAGACGGGCGCUGGCAAGUCGUACACGAUGAUGGGGCGGCAGGAGGUGGAGGGCCAGGAGGGCAUCAUUCCGAUGGUGUGCAAGGAUCUGUUCAGACGCAUUGCCGAGACGGCGUCGGAGGACUUGAAAUACACAGUUGAAGUGAGCUACAUGGAGAUAUACUGCGAGCGCGUGCGUGAUUUGCUGAACCCGAAGAAUAAAGGCAAUCUCAGGGUGCGCGAGCAUCCUUUGCUAGGGCCGUACGUUGAGGAUCUGUCAAAGCUGGCCGUGACAGAUUACAAUGAUAUUCACGACUUGAUUGACGAGGGCAACAAGGCGAGAACUGUUGCUGCCACAAAUAUGAAUGAGACAAGCUCACGAUCUCAUGCGGUGUUCACGAUUUUCUUCACGCAACGCCGACACGAUGGCGUGACGGAUUUGAUCACGGAGAAGGUGUCGAAGAUCAGUCUGGUGGAUUUGGCGGGCAGCGAGAGGGCGGACAGUACAGGGGCGAAGGGGACGCGACUCAAGGAGGGAGCCAACAUCAACAAGAGCUUGACAACGCUGGGCAAAGUCAUCUCGGCGUUGGCGGAAAUGGCGUCUAAGAACAAGAAGUCAAAGAAGGCAGACUUUAUUCCUUAUCGCGACUCCGUCUUGACAUGGUUGCUGAGAGAGAAUUUGGGCGGAAACUCCAAGACGGCGAUGAUAGCUGCAAUUUCUCCAGCUGACAUAAAUUAUGAUGAGACAUUGAGUACUUUGAGAUACGCCGAUCGUGCGAAGCAGAUUGUGUGCAAAGCUGUGGUCAAUGAGGAUGCAAAUGCUAAGCUUAUUCGUGAAUUGAAGGAGGAGAUUCAGAAGCUGCGUGAGCUUCUGCGUGCUGAAGGAAUUGAGGUGCAAGAAGGACCGGACGGUAAAGUGGUUUGUGAGAAACGGGAUCCCAAUAAGGAUGAAAUCAACUCAAAAUCUGAGAGUAUUAUCAAGAACAUGCCAACGUCACCCAAUAAAGGACGCACCAGAACGGGAUCAACCACGGAAAUGGCAGUGGAUCAGCUACAGGCCAGUGAGAAAUUGAUUGCCGAAUUGAAUGAGACUUGGGAGGAGAAACUCAAGCGCACAGAGCAGAUUCGCCUCCAACGCGAGGCUGUCUUUGCCGAAAUGGGUGUGGCUGUGAAGGAGGAUGGCAACACUGUGGGUGUCUUCUCGCCCAAGAUGACACCACACUUGGUGAACCUCAAUGAGGAUCCCACGUUGUCUGAGUGUCUUCUGUACUACAUCAAGGAUGGCAUAACGCGCCUUGGCACGGCUGAGGCAAAUUUGCCGCAGGAUAUUCAGCUGUCCGGGCCGUAUAUCCUCAAGGAGCACGUGAUGUUUGAAAAUAGGAGCGGCGUGGUGACUCUGGUGCCACACAAAGAUGCUCUGGUGUAUCUCAAUGGGCGAAAAUUGACUGAGCCUGAGGUCCUGACAACGGGCUCUCGUGUGAUUCUGGGGAAGAAUCACGUGUUCCGCUUCACACAUCCGGAACAGGCGAGAGAGAUACGUGAAAAGGCAGUGACAGAGACACCAGGCAAUGGUGAAACGGUGGACUGGAACUUUGCCCAGUGUGAAUUGCUGGAGAAGCAGGGAAUUGACCUGAAGGCGGAGAUGGAGAAGCGUCUGGUGGCACUGGAGGAGCAGUUCAAGCGGGAGAAGUUACAGGCUGAUCAGGAGUUUGAGGAGCAGCGCAAAUCCUACGAGGCGCGAAUUGAUGCAUUGCAGAAACAAGUGGAGGAACAGUCGAUGACCAUGUCGAUGUACAGCAGCUACACUCCGGAGGAUUUCCAUCCGGAAGAGGACAGCAUAUUUGUCAAUCCGCUGUUUGAGUCGUGCUGGACAGCACGAGAGGCUGGAUUGGCGGCUUGGGCGUUCAGGAAGUGGCGCAUCCAUCAAUUCACAUCCUUGAGAGAUGAUUUGUGGGGAAAUGCGAUAUUCCUGAAGGAGGCGAAUGCCAUUUCUGUGGAAUUGAAGAAGAAAGUGCAAUUCCAGUUUACACUCCUCACAGACACUCUAUAUUCGCCACUGCCGCCAGAAUUGGCGGCCAGCAAUGGUGUUUUGGGUGCAAUAACAUCUGGCAAUGAGGAUGAAUUCGGUGGGAAUCCUGCACCGAGGACAAUUGUGGCCGUUGAAGUUACGGACACGAAGAAUGGCGCCACGCACUACUGGACAUUGGAGAAGUUGCGGCAACGAUUGGAAUUGAUGAGGGAAAUGUACCACAAUGAGGCAGAACUGAGCCCAACAUCGCCAGAUUACAAUGUGGAGAGUCUCACGGGUGGAGAUCCAUUCUACGAUCGCUUCCCGUGGUUCAGGAUGGUCGGACGAUCGUUUGUCUAUUUGAGCAAUUUGCUCUAUCCUGUGCCACUCGUUCACAAGGUGGCCAUCGUGAAUGAGCGAGGCGAUGUGCGCGGAUACUUGCGCGUGGCUGUUCAGCCGGUCAUGAAAUCUCAUGUGUUGCAGGAUGAGGAGAGUCUGGAUGUGAGCAAUGGUGUGAAACAGUCCGCGAGGAUUCUAUUCGAUGAGGAGCACAAGCCCAAGUAUCGAUCACUGGUGCAGGAGCGCGAUGAUCGCUUCAUUGAGGGUCAGGAGUGUGGAAAGGUGGAAGAGGUGGAGAUUGAGGAUGCGGAUUCUGGUCGUGGUGACUCGAGUGUGUCGUCUGAAGUGCACGAGGCGACUGAAGAGCCAGGAGAACACUUGCAAAUUGGCAAGGAGUUCACUUUUCGCGUGACUGUUUUGCAGGCAACAGGAAUUGCAGCUGAAUAUGCAGACAUCUUCUGCCAAUUCAACUUCUUGCAUCGCCACGAGGAAGCAUUCUCAACUGAGCCAGUGAAGAAUAGUGGAUCAGGAUCGCCGCUCGGCUUCUAUCACGUGCAAAAUGUGACGGUGCCAGUGACGAAGUCAUUCAUUGAGUAUCUCAAGACGCAGCCCAUCAUGUUCAAGAUCUUUGGGCACUAUCAGAAUCAUCCACUGCACAAGGAUGCGAAGCAAGAGUGUCAGACGCGUCCGCCACCGCGGCGAAUGCUUCCGCCAAGUAUUCCCAUCAGUCAACCUGUGCGGAGUCCCAAGUUCGGUCCUCUGCCUUGCCCACCGUCAUCGACGGUGCUGGCAAAGCAUGAUGUUCUCGUGUGGUUUGAGAUCUGCGAAUUGGCGCCGAGUGGCGAAUAUGUGCCCGCCGUGGUGGAGCACAGUGAUGAUCUGCCAUGCCGUGGACUCUUCCUACUGCACCAGGGCAUUCAGCGGCGUAUCCGCAUCACGAUUGUGCACGAGCCCACGCCCGAGGUGAAGUGGAAGGACAUCAGAGAGUUGGUGGUGGGACGCAUAAGGAACACACCCGAAUCGGCUGACGAGAUGGACGAUGACUCGUGCGUGCUGUCGUUGGGAUUGUUCCCUGGUGAAGUGCUCGACGUGCCUGGUGACGAUCGGUCAUUCUUCCGCUUCGAGGCUGCCUGGGAUUCCAGUCUCCACAACUCAAGUUUGCUCAAUCGCGUCACACAGGCUGGAGAGACAAUUUACAUCACUCUGAGUGCUUAUCUUGAGUUGGAGAACUGUGCUCGACCGGCAAUUGUGACCAAGGAUCUCAGCAUGAUCAUCUAUGGACGUGAUGCCAGAACUGGACCGCGAUCACUGAAGCAUCUCUUCUCAGGGCAGUAUCGUAAUCCGGAGGCGAAUCGCCUGUCUGGCGUGUAUGAGCUCUCUCUUCGACGAGCCUCAGAAGCAGGUAGUCCAGGCGUUCAGCGUCGUCAGCGUCGAGUCUUGGACACCAGUUCGACAUAUGUGCGUGGCGAGGAGAAUCUUCACGGCUGGCGUCCGCGCGGAGACUCCCUCAUCUUCGAUCACCAGUGGGAAUUGGAGAAACUCACGCGGCUUGAGGAAGUCGGUCGUGUGCGCCAUCUGUUGAUGCUGCGAGAGCGAUUGGGCAUGGACACGAAUCCCAAUCCGACCACAAAGACGGAGAAGGAUGUGUGCAAUUUGGCGGCACGCGCUGGCGCCUCGCCAGUGCACAUGGUAAUUCCGCCGUCACCGCAGACGCCCAUCAAGGAUCAGCAGGCGCUCAUGCCGGAGCGUGAGUACACGCAGCGUGAGCAGGACUUGCUGCUCAAGUGCAUCCACCUCGUGCAGGGACGAAUCGGGACGAAGGCUGACCAGGACAGCGCCAUGGCGCAGAUUGACGCAUCGCCAGGUGACGAGGGAUGCGCCGACUUGACGGCCAGCUACAUUUCUGGCAACUCAAUUGAACUCUGCUCGCCUGAGCGCGUGGACGUGCCCAAUGGCUGGGAAGCGCCCGCACCGGCGCCACAACCUGCGCUGCCGUUGCGCUUGUAUGUUCCGGAGCUGGAGGAGAUCCGCGUGAGUCCCGUGGUGGCACGCAAGGGAUACUUGAAUGUGCUGGAGCACGGCGGAUCGGGCUGGAAGAAGCGCUGGGUGACUGUGCGUCGACCAUACGUCUUCAUCUUCCGCUCUGAGAAGGAUCCAGUCGAGAGGGCGGUGCUGAACUUGGGCACGGCACAAGUUGAGUGCAGCGAAGAUCAGGCGGCCAUGGUGAAGAUUCCCAAUACUUUCAGUGUGGUGACCAAGCACAGAGGCUAUCUUCUGCAGACUCUGGGCGAUAAGGAAGUUCACGAUUGGCUGUACGCCAUCAAUCCUCUGCUUGCGGGUCAAAUAAGAUCACGACUGGCUCGACGAAAUGUGGAUUCUUCAGCCGCUCAGGGCGUCACAUCGUCUCAGCACUCCAGCAAAUGAGACACAAUCACGAUGGAAUCCGUUUUGGUGUAUUAAAAUCAGUGAUUAUUUUGAUCUGUGACAUCAAUUGAUUGAUUGAUUUUUAGUAAUGUUGAAUAUCAUUUUUAGACAUUUUAGGUAGAUUUUUGUCCCUUGACAGUGUUGAAUUGGGGAAUUGUUGGGGGGAAAAAAAAGAAAGAGUUAAAUGAUUUUUAUAGUAUUUGAUAAAAAGGCAUUUUUGUAUUUUUAUCCUUUAUAUUCUCAAAAGAAAGACACCAAAAUGGAUUUUUCAUCGUGAGGCCGAUAAAUGAAGAGACAUGAAGAAGGGAUGAGAUUUAAAAAUUUAGGCAGGUAAAAGAUAUAUAUAUAUAUAUAAUAUACACUACAAAAAUAUUAUUAACAAUUCAACUAGAAUGAUUUAUCAAUUAACUGUACUAAAGAGGAAAAGAGAAGAGAAAUUGAGGCAAAGUAAUCUCUAAAUAUACCAAAAAAAAGAAAGAAAGAAAGGAAGGAAAGAAAAUGGAAAAAAUACUAUAAAUUAUUAAUUUACACUAUAGAUGAAAUAUUAUUGUAUUACAGAAAAAAAGCAUAUUUAUUAAAUGUGUAAUAAUCACUUAAUAAUUUAAAGAAAGAUAAAGAAGAAGAAAAAAACUAUUGAAAUUUACAAGAUUGUGAGAAGAAAAAACCUCCCUAUGAAUUCUAUUGUAAUUUAAUUUUGCUCUGUGAUGACAUUAAUUAUUUUAUUUGUAUACAAAGAAAAGUAUAAACCAAAAAAAAGGUGAACAAAAAGAGGAAAUGGUAAAAAAAAAAUUGUGGGUAAAAAAAGCAAAACUUUUUGUGUAAAUAGUUUUUAUUAAUAUUUAUUAUUGACAAUGAAGAAUGAAAAAAGUGAAGAGAAGAAGGUGGAAAAAGUGAGAAAACUUUUGUAGAUGGAUUUGUUAGCUAAAGAAAUUGUACACCG